UUAUCGGGUCUCGGCGCUCCUAUGUGAGCAGAUAUCUGGCUUGUCGGGACGGAGGCCGAUCUUCUGCAAGCUUUACUCGGAAAUAUUUUUGAAGCCUAUUGACAAGCCUCUACAAAUAUCCAAGGUUGAAGACUGAUCUUGAAAUCAUGGACUGCGGUCCCAAGUUUGUUGAAACUCUAAAGAGGAUUGGCUAUCCAAAGGCAGAUUCUCUUAAUGGAGAAGAUUUUGACUGGCUGUUUGAAACGCUGGAAGAUAAGUCAUUUCUGGAAUGGUUUUGUACAACGUUGAAUGAAAGUCAUACCUUAUCUGAAGAAGAGCUGCAGUCAUUUAAUCUGCUCCUUAAAUCAGCAAACCCACUAUUAGAAGAGGAUGCUCUAGAUGAAGCUCUGAAGACAUGUAAAUCUCUUGAACUUAAAACCAACAGUUGUGAUGAAGACAAAGAAGAAAACCUUAAAAUAUUAGAGGAUGAGCUUCAGACCCUUCAAAAAAGGAAACACCUAAAAAGCCGUCGUCGGAACAAGCUUCAAACAGUGGCCUCAGCCAAUAACCUUCUGUGCCUGAAGCUGAAAGACACAGGAGAGGAAAAACCUAAAACCCUGAAAGAGGUGCAGGGAAUUCUCAAUGCCAUGAAUACAAAGUUAAACAACGAGCUGCAGUCUCUUACUCAAAAAAUUGGAAAGUUGACCUCUUUCUUUGCUGUUGCAUCCAGACAACAAGAAUUGGACCCUGCUCCUGUCCUUUUAGCCCAACUUGCUUUAGAUAAAUACUUGUGUCAAGAAGAACAAUGCACAGCAGCCCUUACUUUGUAUACAAAAAAGCAAUUUUUCCAAGGUAUAUCUGAGUUGGUUGAAAGUUCUAAUGAAGAAAAUUUCCAGCUUGUAGAUAUAAGGAAUUCUUUUACUUCUGAUGAGAGCAAUGAUGUAUGUGAGGACAGGCAAGAGCUAACCAGGUUGCAGAUGGCUUAUGUUUGUGCUCGGCAUCAGCUGAUUCAACAAGAAGCUAAGAAUCUAAGCAUGAGAUCGGGUCUCCAGUGGGCGGAGAAAAAUAUUUGUUCUUUAAAGAAGACUCCUGGAAAAGAAAAUGUUGAAACCAGAAUUUCUAGCCUGAACAGCGACAUUUCAAAACUCAAAAAGCACUUGGCUCAAAUAAACAAUGAAACUCUACCUUUGCUAGUAAAGCAGGAUGCAGAGCUAUUGAAUAUGCCUGUGGUGAGGGGUGACUUUGAUUUACAGAUUGCUCGACAGGACUACUACCUAUCAAGACAAGAUCAAAUUUGUAAUCAGUUGAUCAAACAGAAGUCAUCCUUUGAACUUCUUCAGUUGGCUUAUGAAAUUGAGUUGAGAAAACUUAGGGAUAAUAGCCGUCUCCUAGAAAACAUAGUACAAGAUCUGAAACAGAGCAGUAAUACUUUGGUGCAGGUAUUAGAAACAAUGUCAGAACCAUCAAUAUCCUAUCAUAAAAUACCAAGAAACACUAUUGAUUCAAAAGAUACUACUGCACACAGGCUGUGUCAACUUCUGGAAGGAAAUAAUUCAAAACAGUUGUUCAGAACGUAUGAAGGCCUUGAGCAGAUGGCUGAAAAAUUACAUCUAGACACAAUGUCAGUGGGUGAUCAAUUAGCAGUAUCUAGCCAAGAACAAAUUCUUCUGUCAAAGAUGGAUGUUGAUCUAGGCUCACUUCGCAAUUCUAUGUACUGUGAAGGAGAAAGGGUCUGUCUUACUAAUCUGGAACUGGCUGAGCAGUUUCACCAGCAGGAAUUUCUGUUGAAUAAACUGAAUCUGCUUAUUGUGGAUUUUCUUGCUGAUUUAAAGGCUAAGAAGAAGGUUUUGGAGAAUGAUAAAUUACAACAGAUGGAAAGAAAACUGUGGGUGUACUUCUUCAAAGAUGAAGAAUGCUUGAAGAAUGCUGUGGAGAGAAUGGAACAGCAGGCUAAGACUCAAGCCUUGUCUUAAAGAUUAAAUUUUAGAUAUGUGUUUGUUUGAAAUGUU